AUGACAUCAACUUCUCAGCAAUCAUCACAACAUCAAUCAAAUCCUGAUUUCUCCCACGGCCACCUCAACCACCACCACCACCACUACCUGGACCCAAACAACAAUAAUCCAGCCCACCAUGUCUCAAACAGCGCCCAACAGCAGCAGCAGCAACAACAACAACAACAACAACAACAACAACACAAUCUCGCCGCCGCUGCAAGUGCCGCCGCCGGCUACGCUGCAGACAACCACCUAGCUGGCCUUGUCGAGGCCGCCACAGCUGCUGCGGGACAAGAUGGCGGCUGGGCGCAGAAUGACGACGGGGAUUCUGGCAUGAUGGGCCAUGGACGUGUGUUGCAGAAUCACCUGGAUGGGUAUCCCGGUGCUGCAACUGGCUCUGGGCAUGGAGCGGGCGCUGGCAUGCAUCUGGAUGAUGGGUUUGUGGGCGAUCCGACUGCGAAUGGGCAGGUCCAUUUUGGCGGGAUUCCCGGAGCCGGAGCUGGUUCGGGGACGCUGGAUGGGAAUGGCGCGCCUGCUCAUAAUACGAGACGAUUGCGCCAUGGGAAUGUGGGGAGGAGUCCGGUGCAUCAACCCACUGCGGCGACGAAAAAAAGGAAACGCGCGGGGACGAUUGCUAAUGUGGACCCGGCGAUGACUGGUGGCGCAACGGUGCAAUAUGGUAAUGGCACUGCUGUCGCUGCUGCUGCUGCUGCUGCUGCUGCUGCUGGUGGCACUGCUAAUGGUUCUGGCACGGAUGGUCACGAUGUCAUUGUCGAGGAUGGCAAUUGUCUGGAUAUCCUAGAGUUGCCGCCGCAACACGCACUUUCUGAUGCACGAGCGGCUGGUGUGCAUUCCGCAGCGGCACUAUUCCGUCAACCUUCCACGACAAGUAAGAAGUAUACGCGCCCGCCCAUAUCGAAGAUGUUUUCGUCGCUGGGACUGUCGCCAGAAAAUUUCCUAUAUUUGCAGGCUGCUGCAAAGGCAUAUAUGCUUGAUGAGGCACAUCCUGAACGGCGGGAUUGUGUGGGUCAGAGGGGCAAAGGGGAUACGGAGAUGGUUAAGCUGCGUUUGUGGAAUUGCGUGAGGGAGUUUUUGGACAAGGAGGGGAAUGGGGAGAGGUUUUUUGGGGAGGGGGUUGGUAUGGGUGUAGGGAGUGUUGGUGAGGGCGGUGGGAUAGUGGAUAUGGGGGUGAAGUCGAGACCACCUCUCGUUUGGCCGAGGGAUGAGCAAAGGAUUAUUUCAUUGGUUAUGCCGUUGUUGAGGAGGAUGGUUACGAAUGAGAGGCAGAGGCAGUAUGCGAUUGAGACGAGGAAAGGGGGUCCGGGCAUGGGUGUAGUGGGUGAGGAGAAGAAGAAGAGGCACACCGGAGAUUCGAGUAUCGCGCCGGAACAUGGAUUCUCGUCACAGCAGUACCAGCAUCAACAUCAGCAGCAUCCCCAUGGUGGUUCGGAGAUGGAGCUUGGAUUGAUGGAUCUGUUGAUGGAAGGUUAUCCUACGGAUUGGGAUUCCAUCGCCCGAUCAUACGAUAGCUAUAAUACGGAUUAUCGAUUGGAUAAUCUGGGUUCCAUAUCCGGGUUGCAGCAGGCAGAUUGGUGGGGACUUGUUGCCGCUGUUGAUUGCCAUUAUCAGAUUGACCAUUCGGGUAAUGCCUCGGAGUGUGAUGAGGCAUGCGAGAAUUGCACUAUCAAUCGGAUAGUUUCUUCGGAUAGUGUUUCGCAGGCUGGAUGGAGGGUAGGGAUGGGAGGGGGCGCAGUACAGACAGAGGAUUUGGCGGCGCAGAAUUAUUUUGCGACGGGAAUAACUCGCGAUGUAUCGCAUAUCAUCCGCGAUACCCUCCUCAGCCAACAUCAACAUCAUCAACAACCCGUGACACAUUCAACACAUUCAACAACAACAUCAACCACCUCAGCUACAGGCACAAACACCGCCACCAGCCCCCAGCUUCCCGCCCACCAGAUAACCAUUCACAUAAACACCACAAGUCCCAGCACCAAGCGAAUCAAGCGCCUGAUUCCCCGCCUCGAUGUCUCCGCAGACCAAUGUCCCGACUUAGCCAGCCUGUUGCAAAAAGUCCACCAGCAUCAUAUGCAGUUCCAGCAACAGCAUAACCAUAACCACCAGCAUGCACAGCAGGAUACUGCUGCUAUUAUUGGGGAACCCGCGUUGCCUGUUAAGGUGUGGUUGGAGGAAGGACUGGUGGACGUACAGACGGAUGCGGAGUGGAUGGUUGCUUUGGCUAAAGUUAGUUCAGUAGAUUGGAUGGAUGGAGAGUUAAGGGUUCUUGUUGGGGGGACUGGUGAAAGUGGAGGGUCAGGGUAG